AUGUUAGGAAGGAGAAAAAAGUACUCGAAAUCGUUGAUUGUUCUUCGCCGCUUUGCAGCUGCUCGGAUCAGUAUUGAAGUAAGAGAAGUGCAUGUGGAUUAUGCUGUUGAAGUUAUUUUUGAAAUUUUAUCAAUAACACGAACUCUCCUCCUUUUUGUCUUGUCAUUGCUUCGUCAACACUUUCGUAAUCAAUUCUUCCCAUCAACUACCGACCGCUCAAAUCAUCAUCAUCUCUUGUCCUCCGCUAAAUUACGAUUGAGAGAAGUCGCAAUUGAUCCAUCAUCGGAUACGCAUUCCAGUGCAUUUUCUGUACAUAUUCCACGACCGAUACCUAUUUCAUCUCACCAUACUGAUAUUACCUCUUACGCUAAUCAGUUUAACCCCGCAUUCAUUUAUCCGUCGGUACAUUUACCGUGUGGCCAGACAAGAACCGACUAUUUACCAUCAAACGAUUCACAGCAGGUACUGACAUUAUCAUCUUUCCAUAUAUAUAUAUUUCUUUUAUCUUGGUUUCGUUCACAGUGUCAUCACUGGCCCACUUCCAUUAAAUUACGUGGAAUUACCGUUUACUAUCAAGUGAAACGACUUGGAAAUCGAAAGCGGGGACAACCGGAUGCGGUUGUGGCGUGCAUAGCACAGAAGCAUGCUGCAAUAAGUCCUGUGGCGCCUAUUGCAGCAGCAGAGUUCAAUCCGUCGCUAAUGUGCCUACCGGCGCUGUUUGAUCACUUUGGAGGUGAAAUAUUACGAACGCAUAUGAAUCCAGCAGCUACACAGUUUAAGCCAAUACCGAACAAUGAGCGUGUUGAUCUAACACGAUUUCUUUCCAAAGAACCACAGGAAUGGACUAUGGGCGAUGUUAUUGCAUGGUUAUUACAUGUUGCUAGACGGAAUAAUAUCCCAUUCGAAGAUUUAGAAAUGCAGAAAUUUGCAAAUUGUACUGGUAUGGUGUUGAUCCAGAUGCGUGAAAUCGAUUUUAAACAAAGAGAUGCCGUAUAUGGUUCAUUAUUGCAUGCUGAAUUCAGGAAAUUAUUAGCCGAAGAAAGAUCAACUGAUGAAUAUUCUUACAAAUCACCGGAAAAAGCAAGCACGAGUCGAGUACCGGACGACACAAGGGUUUCCUGCACCAACAGUGGAUUGUCCGUCAAUGCAUCUUCACUUCUGAUGUCUGAUAGUUCGGCAAGCAUGCAACCUUCAGAUACAUUAUCCCAAGUCAACACUGAUAUCAUUGGUACCUUCAACUUCAAUUCUCCUGUUGGAUCAGAUGAAACCUUCAUGUUACGACCUACAUAUUGCAAAGUCCGAAAAAAUAAGGAUGGAAGGCCAAGAAAGCACUCACAACACUCCAAAGGGAACAAAUUAUGGGAAUUUAUACGCGAUGCUUUGAAAGAUCCCAGUACUUGUCCAAGUGUUGUGCGAUGGGAAGAUCCCGCAGAAGGCGUUUUUCGAAUCGUUGAAUCGGAAAGGUUGGCACAACUGUGGGGUGAGCGGAAAAACAAUCAAAAAAUGACCUACGAAAAACUCAGCCGAGCUAUGAGAACAUACUAUGAAAAGCGGAUAUUGGUACCGGUACCGAAAACAGGACUAUAUCCGAAGAAAUUGGUGUAUAAAUUUGGACCAAGUGCCCUAAGUUGA